UCGUGAGUUUCUGCCUAGUGGCAGUAGCCGCCGCCAUGCCUCAGUACGGAGGCUACCACGCUCCUGCCGCUCCCAAGUACGCCCCCGCUCCCAAGUACGCUCCUGCCCCCAGCUAUGGCGGCUCUCACUACGCUGAGCCUGAGCCUUACGCACACCCCAAGUACUCAUUCCACUACGCCGUCAACGACCCCCACACCUACGACAUCAAGAGCCAGCAGGAGGAGCGUGAUGGAGACUACGUCAAGGGCAGCUACGAGCUGGCCGAGCCCGACGGCACCAAGAGGGUUGUUGAGUACUCCGACGAUGGAUACGGCUUCAACGCCAUCGUCCACAGAGAACACAACGUCCACCCUGCUUCAUACGCUGCUCCCAAGCCCUCAUAUUCCUACGCCCCUAAGGCGUACGCCCCAAUGCCUGCCCGGUGUCCACUUCAACAGUCAAUCCACCACCGCCGAACUCACCAGUACAGAAUGUCUCUCAAGGUGAUCGUGAGUUUCUGCCUAGUGGCAGUAGCCGCCGCCAUGCCUCAGUACGGAGGCUACCACGCUCCUGCCGCCCCUAAGUACGCCCCCGCUCCCAAGUACGCUCCUGCCCCCAGCUAUGGCGGCUCCCACUACGCUGAGCCUGAGCCUUACGCACACCCCAAGUACUCCUUCCACUACGCCGUCAACGACCCCCACACCUACGACAUCAAGAGCCAGCAGGAGGAGCGUGAUGGAGACUACGUCAAGGGUAGCUACGAGCUGGCCGAGCCCGACGGCACCAAGAGGGUUGUUGAGUACUCCGACGACGGAUACGGCUUCAACGCCAUCGUCCACAGAGAACACAACGUCCACCCCGCCUCAUACGCUGCUCCCAAGCCUUCAUAUUCCUACGCCCCUAAGGCGUAUGCCCCAGCCCCUCAUUAUUGA